AUGCCUCGCUUUAAGAGCAAGAUGCUUUGGAUGGUCAUCCCUUUCUUAAUUCUUCUGCUCUUUGAAAUGUACCCCAGAAGGCCAUCGUCCCAAGCCUCCCAAACCAAGCUCUCCUUGGGCCCUUGCAGAGGUGAGCUGGUCAAGGACACCAUCACCGCCUUAAAACACAACAAAACCUUUGUCGUUUCGUUGUACCACGAUGACCGUCAACAGAACCUCACCCGGGCAAUUGCAGUGGUCCAUUACAAAAAAAUCCAAGACCUUUAUUGCUGGUUUUGCUGCAGUCACGACAAUCGCAUUUCUAUCAUUCGGGCCAGCGUUGACAUCCACCCGGAGAGGUUUGGGCUCCCGGUUGGGGCGGCAGAUAUUGUGUGUUUGGAACCCCAACGUUGCUUGCCCCAGUAUAUGUCCAUUCACCCGUCCACUAGGGGAUCCAUGGCUGAGCUCCCGUGGUUUGAAAUCAACAACCGGGUUUCCAGGACUUGGUUCGUGAGGGAAUACACCGUCUGCCUGUCUGUCAUGCCCGAGAAUUACGACAAUGUCCUACAGUUUGUGCAGAGCGUGGAAAUGUACAAAACCCUCGGGGCCAAGAAAGUCUUUAUCUACAAAAUGAGCUGCACCUCGCUCAUGGACCGGAUUUUAAACUUUUAUGUUCAAGAAGGCACGGUGGAGAUCAUACUUUGGCCAAUUACUUCCUAUGUGCGUUUGUCUUCUUUUUGGUAUUCUUACCAAGACUGGGGCUAUGGGAAAACCACCAUUUUAAAUGACUGCAUUUACCGUAACAUGUACAGAAGCAAAUACGUGGUUUUUAACGAUAUCAACGAAAUUAUCCUUCCCCUAAAACACCCAAACUGGAAAGGGAUGAUCGAUAGCCUUGAGGAUCAGCAUCCAGGCGUCGGGAUCUUCUUUUUCGAAAGUCACUUUUUUUCUCAGAAUGUUUUUUUGUCUUUGGACAAAUUCAACGUCACUCUCUGGGAAGCCAUCCCCGGAGUUAACGUAUUGCAACACGUUUAUCGAGAGCCCAACAAACUGCAUAUCAAUAUUUUGAAGAAAAUGAUUGUAAACCCAAGGAGCGUGGUCCAGGCCUCCAGCCAUUCCAUUCUUAAAGGAUACGGUCGAACGCUCGAAGUCUCCAGGGACGUCGCAAUCCUUUACAACUGCAGGAGACACCUUGAAAAUGAAUUUGGGGAACAAUAUCUCAUGAGGGACACAACCAUUUGGAGGUUCAACGUAUCACUGAUUAGCAACGUUAAUCAAGUUUUCGACCAAGUUCUCGGCAAACGAGUCGAUAGCAUCCCCAAGGCCAUUUGGAGCAUGUUCUGGGAAAGCCUUGGAAAAAUCUUUUAAAAGUUUUGGUUUUUCACUCGAGCAAAAUUGCUGAACCAGGAAGUGUUUCCCUUCACCCAGCC